AUGGUGUCCCAAAGGUUUUCCCUCACUCUAUUUUGUCUCUUGGCAACCUUAAUCACAGUUACCAAGGGAAACAACAACAGAAAGCUAUCGACAAAUUACCCACCACAGUAUUCUCCUCCUUUUGCUCCUCCUACUCCGGUCAAUCGGCCUCCGGCUACUCCUACUCCGGUCUAUAAACCUCCGGUUGCUGUUCCUCCUCCCCCUCCUCCUCCUCCUCCUAAAUCUCAAGCCUCCUCCUUCUACAGGAGAUAUCCACCCCCACCGCCCACUAGACGUGGAACAGUGUAUCCACCUCCUCCAUCCAAACCACGGUGGUGGUUGUUGGGUUAA